AAAUUAACAAUAUUUCUUUGACACACGUCAAUCGAAUGAUUCGCGCCCUUUCAAUGAACUUCCGGCUGCGGUUCAUUCUUCCUCCGUUGACCGCGCGCUGCAUCGCGUAGCACACUGUGACGUAGUACAUACAUACAUAUACGUAUAUACAAGUGCGUUUGUACACUGAUGUACAUGUGCACGCAUACGCAAUCGCUUCUGACAGGGUUUGAAGUUGAAGUUUGAAUCUCAGUUUGAAUCUCUCGCCUGGAAAGUCGCGUGCUGGCGCCGCAGCUCUGAAAACGAAUUCCGCGACUAUCAUCGCGUCGUCGUGCGUUCCGCCCGUGCGAUGCUCCCGUUCCCCGGACGACAUCGCGUCGCCGCCUGACACCCUGCGUGCGAUUUGAAUCUCGCAGCCGCCCCCGACUCUCGACUUAUGUGACCCGUGCGCGAGUACGACUUUCUCCAACCUAAUUUCGUUUCGUGUAACUACCAAUUGGGAGAGAUCGACGCGACCGCGUUCGCGAUCGUCAUCGUCGUCGUCGUCGUCGUCGUCGUCGUCGCCGCCGCCGCACUGCCGCUGCGACGAGAGGCCUACGUUGCCACAGUUGAAUUAGUCAAUACGGAAUGGGUAGCAGUAACCAACUCUACAGUCUCUCGUGGGGAGAAUUCAGUUCCUCUCUGGUCUCCGCAGUGCAGCUAUUGAGAGGACAUGGCGAUUUAGUGGAUGUUACCUUGGCUGCCGGUGGUCGCAGUUUUCCUGCGCAUAAAAUUGUUCUCUGCGCAGCCAGUCCGUUCCUCUUGGAUCUGCUCAAGAGUACUCCCUGCCAGCAUCCAGUGGUUAUGCUGGCAGGAAUUGGAGCAGAUGAUUUGGAGUCUUUGUUAGAAUUUGUAUACCGAGGAGAGGUAAGCGUUGAGCCAUCGCAGUUGCCUUCCUUGCUUCAGGCUGCCCAUUGCUUGUGUAUCCAUGGAUUAACACCACCAACUGUAGUAACAGAGAGUGGAGAAGAAGUUCCUGCAUCAGCAAUACCAACACCCAGUGAAGGUUUAUCAAGGACACUCAACUCGUAUAAUUCAUUGAAACGGAGAAAAAAGAGGAGAAAAUCGUCCACAUCUUCUGGAAAAUGGCCCUGCACUAGUAAUACUACCGAUGUUAGUGAAAGCAGACUUGUAGAUGAUAACAACAGAACAAUGCCUUAUGAAAACAAGGAUGAUGACGCUACAGAUCAGACUGAUGAUACAGCGGGCAACUGCCUGGUUGGAAACACGAACGCGAACAAUCAUCAGGGUGGCAGUCAUUCACCGCGACUUCAAGAAUCAUCCAUCGCAGAUAAUCAUCAGGCGGUGCAUCAGGAUCACAUCUCGGAUGGCGAGUCGCAUCUGCAGCCAUUGAUGCCGAUGCAAUUCUCACCGCUGCACAUACCACAGUUUCACAGUUCACUGGGUUUCCCAUCUGCUUUGUCGUUGUCCAGUUUAGCGGCCACUCAGACAGGAAGCGUGAAUCAAUCGAAAACGCGCGGCGCUUCCGAUUGUCCAGGUGUCUGUCCGCUUUGCGGUGCGACGCUGCGCCAGGCGAGGAAUUUGCGCAGGCACCUGUUGUCCUCGUGCAAGUAUCGGUUCAGUAACAAUUCGACGACGACUACGACGGCGCACAAUUCCGAUACGAUGGUACUGAUCAAGUCUGAAGUUGAAUCGCCCGGUUAUAACGAUCAAUCUGUGACUUACGGGACCGACAGUGGCAGUAACAGUUGCGAGCAGAUAGUUUGUAAGCCCAGCCUACCCUCGCCGACGUUGCAUGGGCCUGAGAGCGCGGUUUCGCCACCGAGCAGCAUCCCGUCACCAACGACCGCCAGAUAAAUGUACAGGGAGGAAACUCGUCAAAACGAACACGAGCGUCGUUAUUGAUUAUUCGUUUCGUAGUCUUGCGGAUUUUAUUCGAUUGUGUUACGGUGAUUGAAUUCGAGAGUGCUAUGACAAUGUUACGUGAGGAUGAAAAAAAAAGUCUCGUGUUAUUUGUAUAGUUUAGUUAUUCAUUUAUGCGAACGGUUAUUUGUAAUUACUCGCAUUAUUUAAUUAGAUCAAUUCGAAAUGUAUUUAUGCGAUUAAGUUUAUACAUGAAUCUUCCACGCCUUAGAGUGUAAGGAUAUCGUAGGAUUAAUCAAUGCAGUUUCAAGUAUAGCGGAAAAAGUUAUAUCGUGAGAUAAAAGAUUCUUAUUCUUUUACUAUAUGUCUUAUACGAUAAUCGGGAUUUCUUAUAAUCGUGCAAUUCGAGUUCGUCCAUAAUUCAUUUUACUGCCUUUUUAAUUUCCUUGUCAUGAAAUGGUCUAAUAGCAAUAUAUAUAUAU